AAGAGGAACCGACUACCGUCGAGCAGAAACAACAGCACUGGGAAGUUGUGACCAGAGGAGCUCCAACCUCUGCGACCAGGAAUCCCGCGCCGGACCAGGACCCCCGUGGUUGACUCCCAGUCCCAAGCCGACAAAACUACACCACUCCGCGGGGGAAAGGGUCCGAGGGCGGAUGUGGCGCACCCAGGGGGGGGCGUCGGCUUGUAACCCGAAGCGCAGAAGCGGCUCCCGGUUUGGGGUCGCCUUCCCCCCGGGUGAGGGAUGGUGGAGCCCGGGGAAACAUGGAGGAUGAGGAAGAGCGUGAAGCUGGACGAGGCCCAGGCGUCCGCCCGCAGCUGCGCGGGGCGACCGGACUUCUUGCCGUGCCGUGACGGCGCGCAAUCCGCGUGCACGACGCACAGCCACGGCAAAUGUUUCAAGUUGCACUGGUGCUGUCUCCUGGGGUGGUGCCACUGUAAAUACGUCUACCAGCCGAUGACCGACGUGGUCCAGCUCCCCAGCACGCCCAUCCCCUCCGGCCCGGCAGGCCACGCCCCCUCGCUGAGCCUCUCCGCCCUACUGGCCGAGCGCUUCCUGAGGACCGCCUCCUGCCUGGUCUCCCCGACGACCUCUGACCCCCUGGGCCUGGGGGCUCGCGCCCCACAGAAGGACUACGCCGUAACCCGCAUCGACGGGCGGGCCUUCUACGUACCCCUCGCUCGGCGGACUGCGACCUCACGCGCGUCUCAGACGACCGGCGUGCCGGAGAACGCAGAACUUUGGGAUGAAGCCGAACUUCAGGAUAAAGCCGAGCCUCGGGGUAAAGCUGAACGCGGUUUACGACCGUGUUCUCGGUCGGUUUUGUCCCGUGGAGAAGCUCCGCUCCGAGGGGAAUCUCCAGCCCAGAGACAGGCCUCGGACCAAGGGUUGGCUGGGCAGAAAUCCUGGGGCGGCCCCUCCCCUGCCAGCCUGGAGGACUCGGGAAAACCCGGAGUGGACCAAUGCUGCGCGGAUCCAGAGCCCGACGAGGGACAAACCGACAUCAGCAAGGCUCUUUACGAGGAUCUUAAUGAGGAAAUGAAUGAGGAUCUUAACGAGGGGAAGUGGGAUCUUCCUCCCCUUCCUGGCUCAGGGUCUCUGCAGGACUUGGCCGAGGCCCUGGAAACCACAGUCUGACACACGCACGCACGCACACACACACACACACACACACACACACGCCGCAUGCUAUAUAUAAGCAAUUUCAACUAGGGUUCGAACCGCUGGGUUGGCUGAUCCCGGUUCGGGGCGUGUGCGUGUUGUCCGGUUCAUUCUGUUAAAAUUCAUUCUAAAAAAGUGUUGCUCGUGACCUGAACCGAACCGUGAACUCUGAACCGCUCCACUCCAGAUGUAAACGGUUCUGUUUAAUCUCUGCUGUUGAAGGUGGUUUGAAUUCGCAGUUGAUGUAGGGGAACAACUCAUACGACUAAUAAAAAAAUGCUUUAAUAGAAACGCUGACUGUCUUGGCUAUGGUAACCGUUUUGUUGGAUUGCCGUUUUAAUCUUCCAGCUUUAACCUAAUUUUUUUACUUUUCACUUUGAGAUACAUUCUGUGUUUGAAAGGUGCAAUUUGAAUAAAGUUUGAUUUACUCUCAGAAAGCCAGCCAGACCGCACAGGGAGUCGUUUAGCUCCGAGAGCUCGUAAAUGAUUAGCAUCAUAUUAUGUAGCUUAGCUCAGCCAACUCUUGAUUCCCUAAACUAAAAGUCAGGCUAGCUGGAGGUGUGCGAGCGUGCGUGUGUGCGUGCGUGUACGGUGUUUCCUUGCAACAGAGCUUCUGCUGUAGUCUUCCAUCAGGUGGCCAGACUGGAACCAGCUGGUAAACACAUUUGCAUGGG